GAUGAAUAUAAAUCAGGUGACUGAACAGGCCGGGGUUUCUUCCCAGACAGAGGAUUGUGUAAUGCCCACUCCUACACACACACACACACACACACACACACACACACACACACACACACACACACACACACACUCCUCUCUCCAGCACCAUGUAGCAGUUAGUCUUCAGAUGAGACCACCCGGGGGAAGCAGAAACUGAAGCGAACUGAUUUGUUUGGAUCUUUCAGGUUCUGUUCAGGUUCUGGACUCAGGUUCUGUUCAGGUUCUGGACUCAGGUGGAACUAAAGCUGUUGGACCUUCUGAACUGGACUUUGGACCUUCUCUGAAUGUUCAGCUCAGCUGUGGACCCCCAGAAGAGAGGAGGUGAGCUGGUGACCAUGUGGAUCCCCACAACCAGCAUGACGCUCCCCCAGAGGGUGGUUCUGUACGGGACCUGCCUCGUGGCUCUGCUGAACUCUGUGGGCCUCCUGGUCCUCAUGGUCCAGCAGAACCAGCAGCGGGUCUGGCAGGACAGGACCGAGGUGAGGCUGACGGAGGUGGAGCAGAGCUCGGUGGUGGAGUUCCUCCAGGAGCUGCCCAGAGGGGCCGCGGCUCUGAGGGCCGGCCCGGUCCAGGACUCACAGUUCCAGACCUCCAGAAACAAGAGGAGUGAAGAUCWGGAGAAGGACCUGAAGCAGCAGGGUCACCUGGAGGAGGUGCAGAAGGCCCACCARCAGGAGACCAGCCAGGAGGAGGUGAAGCACAAAGCCAAAAACAAUCAGCGCUUCCACAAAGCUCAGGAGAACAUGAUGAUGAUGAUGACCUACUCCAUGGUGCCGUGGUUCAGUCGUGUUCUCCAUCACGCCAUCCAGAUAAUAAACUUCAGUGUAAACUGCCUCAUUAAGUCUCUGAUAAAUCCCAGAACCGUGGCGAGGAUGGAAACCACGUUUGGUUCGUGGAUGAAGGACACGGCGGAGCUGAACGACGAGCGGAUCUGGGUGGCAGAUCAUUUUUCAGGCCGGGUGCUGAAGGAGUACAGAAACAUUGCAGCUUUUCAAAAUAAAAGCAGCCACUUCAGGGAUGUAGGAAAGUUCUACCAGGGCUGUGGACACCUGGUCCACAACGAGUCCUUCUAUUACCACAUCGCUGGGACCUCCAGCAUCGGCAGGUUUGACUUGCAGACCAGCCGUCUCCACACGCUCCACAUGGACGAGGCCCUGCACAACAACCUGGCCUACCUGCUGCCCAACUCCAAGACCUACUUCAAGCUGGCAGUGGACGAGAACGGCCUGUGGUCCAUCUUUGCGUCCAGCGUGGACGACAGCAUCGUGGUGGCCCGGCUGGACCAGAAGACCUUCUCGGUGACGUCGUACACCAACACGUCGUACCCCCGCACCAAGGCCGGCAACGCCUUCAUCGCCUGCGGCGUCCUGUACGUCACCGACAUCAAGGACGCCAGGGUCACCUUCGCCUUCGACCUGCUGAAGGGGAAGCCGAUCAACAUGACCUUUGACCUCAGGUCACCCGGCGGGGUCCUGGCCAUGCUGUCCUACAGCCCGAAGGACAGGCACCUGUAYGUGUGGGACCAGAGCUGGGUCCGGCUCCACGUGGUCCACUUCAUCUCUGACGAGUGAAGUCGUACUGCGACUGUUCCUGACCAACGCUGUGAACUAGCAGCAGGAGCACAGCCUGGAUCCCGUCUGCAUGAAACUCUUYAUCAGGAUGUAAACGUUUUCCUUUGAUCUGAUUCUGUGAAGCAUGAGCCUCCAUCCAUCACAUCCCCACAAAAAUAUUUAAAAAAUCAACCUGACGAAGCUGACCUUUGACCCCUUCACUUCUCCCACCUUCAAACUGCAGAGCCCUGGAAACAUCUAUUAUCUAUAUCACACACACAUCUGGUUUGUAUAUCCCUGUGGGGACCUCCCAUCGACUUCCAUUCAUUUAUAUCCUAACCCU